ACCACAAUGGUAUGGAAGAAAAAUUUUUCUAUAGACGACUCGCGCUCAGUAUUAUUUGAGCUGUCGUUUGAAAUGGAAUAUCCUGAAGAUCAGUAUUACAGACUGAAUCGUGUUUAUUUAUCAACAAUUGGUCUUUGGCCAUAUAAUAACUUCAAAAUCAGAUGUAUCCGUUUCAUAACACUGUUAAUUCUUGUAUCAAUGCCUGGUGUUCAGUGGAUAAAAUUAUAUGUCUCAGAAUGUACUUAUGGUCUUGUUAUAGAGAUAUUAUCUUAUAAUAUUAUUUACAUAGUAUGUUGUAUAAAGUAUAUCUCAUUUUGUGCUGUUGUGAAAAGUGUUAAAGAAUUCCAGGGACGCAUUCGAAGUAAUUGGGUUGCUUUGAAAGAUAAUAAAGAAAUCGAGAUUAUAAAUGAGCAUGGAAUCUAUGGAAAAUUAAUAACAAUAUCUUUAAUGAUAUUCGCAUACAGCUCAAAUACAAUGGUAAUUCUUCUUCAAUAUACUUCAAUCUUUUUGGAUAUUAUAAUACCUUUAAAUGCAUCUCGUCCGCCCACACUAAUAGUACCCGCGGAAUAUUUGGUUGACCAAGAGAAAUACUUCUAUAUCAUAACAACACAUAUAAGUAUUGGAACUGCUUUUGAAACAUCUUGUUUUAUAGCUACUGAAUCAUUUUCACUAGUAAACGCAAUACAUGCUUUCGGGUUAUUUAAAGUUGCCAGUUAUCGUAUAAAACACGUAUUGAAUGGAAUUAAUCCGCACAUGUGUGUAACUAAAAACCAAAACAUUUCUCAACAUAGAAUAAUCGCUGCGGUGGAUUUCCAUAGAAGAGCAAUCGAAUUUUCUGAUUUAAUAAAAGUAACUUUUGGACCAUCAUAUUUAAUCAUGUUAGUGCUUGGUGUGUGUUCCAUAAGCGUCAAUUUUUUUUACAUAGCUCAGAUAAUAGUAACGAACAGAAACAUUGUGGAAAUUAUAAAAUGUAGUAGUUUAAUAAGCUUUCUUAUAUUAUAUAUCACAGUGGCAAAUUUUGCUGGGCAAGAAUUUAUAAAUUGUGAUACACAUUUCUAUCGUAUGAUAUGUAAUAUUAAUUGGUACAAUACUCCAGUAAAGACACAAAAAUUGAUACUUUUUUUAUUACGAAAAACAACAAAAAGUUACAAACUUGACCUAUGUGGUAUGUUUACGCCCUGUUUGGAAGGUUUAGCCACGGUGAGAAAUCUUACACUAAAUUAUUUGAAAUAUAUAUUAAUAUAUUGUUACUCAAUUAUUAAACCAAUUAGCUACAUAAACAAUGUUUUGUUACAGAUUUUCAGCAUGUCGAUUUCUUACGUUAUGGUUCUUUACUCUGUAUAAUGAUGUGUCAAAAAUUAUACGAAAGUUUAUAAUUAUUUUCCAAAUACGAGAUUAAAAUUUUACCAUAAAUA